CCGAUCCAGUCCCGAUCUCGUCACCCUCCCCUACGCCCCUCUCCGAUGCAAGCCCCCGUGCUCUGUCGUCCUCAACCCUUACUGCAGCGUCGAUUUCAACGCCAAGAUCUGGAUCUGCCCUCUCUGCUUCUCCCGAAACCAGCUCCUCCAUCAUUACGCCGGGAUCUCGGAGUCCAAUGUCCCCGACGAGCUCUACAAUCAGUGCUUCAGCCAUCAAUCUCGUUCUAACUGCCCCCUUGGCCGAUUGCCUGUGCCAUAGAGACAGAGCUCAAGUAGAACAAUUGGUGCAAUAUAUUGUGGAAGAUGCUCCUGCAGAUGCUGAAAGCAAGCGAGCCUUCAAGUUCCCUUUCAUUGCUUGUGAAAUUUUCACUUGUGAGAUUGAUGUUAUUUUGAAGACAUUAGUAGAGGACGAAGAGCUGAUGGAUCUGCUAUUCUCCUUUCUUGAACCAAACCAUACACACAAUUCCUUAUUGUCUGGAUACUUCAGCAAGUCUACAAUUUUGUUACUCUAGGUGGUUGUAUGCUUAAUGUUAAGGAAGACAGCAUCACUUAUGAAGUAUGUUCAGGUAAGUUAUUGACCCAUGUGAGCUGCUUUUUUGAAAAACUAUUUCUUUCACGCGCAGAGAAAGAAAAGAAGUGCUUUAGGGUUAUUAUAGUUAUUCCACUAAUACCUGGUUUCCAGGUAAUUUUUCUUUUAACGUUGCCUUUUCUUGUUUUACAGAAGUAUUUGUUCCCCUACCCUUUACAGAAUAUCCAUUAACUCAGGGUGGCAUUGAUGAUGGUGGCGUUGCAACUGUGAGGGCAAUAAUGCAUUGGCAAAUUUGUGAGGUUUGUUUUCGCAAAACAUUUUUAUGCUCAAAUUUGUGAAAUAACUUACAUGGAUCAUGGAAAUAUAUUUCAGUGUCUAUCAUAGAUUCAUAUUACGUUUGAAUGACAUCUCUAUGUUUUCCGACUGAAGAUAAAGCACUUCCUAAAUCACAACCUGAGGUUAUUUAGUUGAUAGUUGUGAUUAUGUGAGGCCAAAGCAUAAAUUAGCACAAAUCAUGUGGGGUAGGAUUACUGUUAGAUUUAUAGUGAAGUACAAUAUCUAAAUAAGAAUUGACACUUAAUUGCCAGAGGAGGAUCAGAAUCUGUCAGGACAUUGACAAACAUAGUUUAAGAUCCUUCUUCCAUAGUCUAAAAUUUUGGAGGAUUUCUUCUUAGCAUGUAUAUAUUCUUUUAGUGCAUAAAUUCUCCACCCCCCACCCUUCCCCUCUCUUUCCCCCUUCCUCGUGCAGCCAGCAGUCUAUGUUGUGGAAAGUGCGAUAAGUUCUGGAUCAGCAGGCACAUCAUCAUUAGGAGCAGAGAACACUGCAGCCAUCGCCGAUUCGCCGCUGGUUUAGCUCUAAUAUCAGUCGCUGUAGCAUCGGCAAUUCUUCUCCAAGUUGACAAAAAAGCAUCUCAAGUUCAGAGUACAGAGUACUCUGGACCUCCACUCAAUUACUAUAUCGGCAAGUUCAAGCCUGCAAGUAUUGUAGAGGCUGCACUUAUUUCUGAGCCUCAGAAUUCUCCAACUGUAGAGGCUUCUGCUCCUUCCGAACCCGAGACUGUGUCGAAUGUGCAGGCUGAAGGUGAUGCAAGUGCAGCUCCUGAGGUCCAAGUUGAAUUGACGGUGGAGGGUGAAAGUUCAAGUGUUGAAAAUGUUCCUUGACUGGAUGGAUCAAGCCACUCCUAUAUUAUAUUUUGGAUGUAUGAGUCAUUAUGGAUAUUAGAAACAUAUAUAUAAUAUUGGAUGCUUUUCAUUGUGUAUGUAUAUAUAAUAUUGGAUAUUUAGCACUGUUUGAGACAUUUUUGUGUAUGUAUAUAUUCUUGAUUUCAAUGUGAUA